GUGGUUGACAUAAAAGAGAAACUAAAGCUGUCCAAGAAAUUUUGGUCCAACCUGCCCGAGGCGAUGUGUGUGGAGGACAGAGUGACCGCUGGAAAUGCCAGUGAUGAGGAGUGCUGGAAUGGACACACCAAGGGCAGGUACUUUCCCGAAGUCCAGAAGGACGGCCUCACCAACCAGUUGAACAACCCCGAGGUCGGCGUCGACAUCACGCGCCCAGACACCUUCAUCCGUCAGCAGAUCAUGGCUCUGAGGGUGAUGACCAACAAGUUGAAAAAUGCCUACAAUGGCAACGAUAUCUACUUUCAAGACUCAAGCGACGAAGGUAGUGGCUCAGGCAGUGGCAGCGGAUGCACAGAGGUCUGCCCAACAUACAUGGACGGCACAGCUGCCACUGAAACCCCGGUGGUGAGAGCCGACCGGAGCGGGCCUGUGGAUGACUCUGCCUCGCUCUGUGCACCCUCUGUAGCCCUGCCAGCCAUGCUGGCCCUCUCAGCCCUGGCACUUCACCGACAAUGGAGAUAAUGCUGGAGGAACAGGCUAAACAUGGACAG